AUGGCCGACACAUACUGGAAUACCUUCGAGGCAAUCAAAUCACGAGUAGAUUUCUACAUCGAGAUUCUUGCGAAUCAUGCCAAUGGCACCAAUUUGUUAACCCAGAUAUCCUCCCAAUGUCACCUGGACGACUGCAAGGUUUUAGCCCAGGACAUAACCGACCUCCAUCGCCUCUGCUUUAGCACAUUUUCUGGCGAUAACUCCAACCCUACCGACCCUCACAGUCCUCGAGACCAACCACUUGCAGAAUGGGAGCAUCUCGACGAAGAAUUUACCCUCACUCAUGUGAAGAUCAUUGAAAUUCUUAGAGAACUAACCCCCCCAGAAGGCCUCCGAUUGAAGCUCCCUAAACUCACUUUGCCCACUUUCAAUGGACACUGGGCAGAUUGGCCAUCCUUUAAGUCCGAAUUCAACGACAAGGUGAACGAUUCUAGUAAAUUCCCUCGUCACAAAAAGCUUCACUUACUCAAAGAAGCCCUAACUGGACCGGCCCUCGAAGCCAUUCAGGACCUGCAAGAAACCGACCGAAACUGGGACGCAGCAUGGGACAAAUUGCUGAGCAGAUAUGACAGUCAAAAAAUAGCAGCGUACGCCGCUAUUAAACCUUUAUUUCAACUGCGACCCAUGAAAAAGAUGACCGGAGACGGUAUAUACCACGUGCUCGCAGAAGUUCGUACAGCCCAGGCUCGCCUGAGCGAAGUCGACCUUGGUACCGUUACUCGAGAAGAGGUGAUCUUCUCAGGCUUCAUUUUAGCACAAUUAGAAGAUGAAGAUGUCGUAAGGUUUCUGGAAUCUUUGCCCGACAAUAAUGUACCAUCGAUGGACACAUUGGUUUCCUGGGUUGAGAAUUACGCCAGAUCACUCGAGUUUGCACGAUCAUCGUCUCAUCAACGACGCCGUGGACGCUAA